CUGGCGCCAGAGCCUGGACUGUCUGCAGAGCUCUCCUAGAGUCUGGGGGCAGAUUUCCUUGUAGCGGAGAGCCAGCCCCUUGGCUGGGCGACAGGUGCCGAGGGAGCUUCUGGCCCGUGGACCAGGGGAUGCGAAGGGGUUCCUUCCUGGCACCCCUUUCUCCAUCACUGUGAGUCUGGCCUGAUCGAAGUCUGAGGUUAUGAAGUCCAUUCUGGAUGGCCUUGCAGACACCACCUUCCGCACCAUCACCACAGACCUCCUCUACGUGGGCUCCAAUGACAUUCAGUACGAAGACAUCAAAGGAGACAUGGCAUCCAAACUAGGAUACUUCCCGCAGAAAUUCCCUCUGACUUCCUUCCGGGGUAGUCCCUUCCAAGAAAAGAUGACCGCAGGAGACAACUCCCAGUUGGUCCCGGUGGUAGACGCCACCAACAUUACAGAGUUCUACAACAAGUCUCUCUCCUCGUACAAGGAGAAUGAGGAAAACAUCCAGUGUGGAGAGAACUUUAUGGACAUGGAGUGCUUUAUGAUCCUGAACCCUAGCCAGCAGCUGGCCAUUGCUGUGCUGUCCCUCACACUGGGCACCUUCACGGUUCUGGAGAACCUGCUGGUGCUGUGUGUCAUCCUGCAUUCCCGCAGUCUCCGAUGCAGGCCUUCCUACCACUUCAUUGGCAGUCUGGCCGUGGCUGACCUCCUGGGCAGCGUCAUUUUUGUCUACAGCUUUGUUGACUUCCAUGUGUUCCACCGUAAAGACAGCCCCAAUGUGUUUCUGUUCAAACUAGGUGGGGUCACGGCCUCCUUCACAGCCUCUGUGGGUAGCCUCUUCCUCACAGCCAUCGACAGGUACAUAUCCAUUCACAGGCCUCUGGCCUAUAAGAGGAUCGUGACUAGGCCCAAGGCCGUAGUGGCCUUCUGCCUGAUGUGGACUAUUGCGAUAGUAAUUGCCGUGUUGCCUCUCCUUGGCUGGAACUGCAAGAAGCUGCAAUCUGUCUGCUCGGACAUCUUCCCACUCAUUGAUGAAACCUACCUGAUGUUCUGGAUCGGAGUCACCAGCGUGCUGUUGCUGUUCAUUGUGUAUGCGUACAUGUACAUUCUCUGGAAGGCGCACAGCCAUGCAGUCCGCAUGAUCCAACGUGGAACCCAGAAGAGCAUCAUCAUCCACACGUCAGAAGAUGGCAAGGUGCAGGUGACCCGGCCCGACCAAGCCCGCAUGGACAUUAGACUGGCCAAAACGCUGGUCCUGAUUCUGGUGGUGUUGAUCAUCUGCUGGGGCCCCCUGCUUGCGAUCAUGGUGUAUGAUGUCUUUGGGAAGAUGAAUAAGCUCAUCAAGACGGUGUUUGCCUUCUGUAGCAUGCUCUGCCUGCUGAACUCCACCGUGAACCCCAUCAUCUACGCUCUGAGGAGCAAGGACCUGAGACACGCUUUCCGCAGCAUGUUCCCUUCGUGUGAAGGCACGGCACAGCCUCUAGAUAACAGCAUGGGGGACUCGGACUGCCUGCACAAGCACGCCAAUAACACAGCCAGCAUGCACAGGGCGGCGGAAAGCUGCAUCAAGAGCACGGUUAAGAUCGCCAAGGUGACCAUGUCUGUGUCCACAGACACGUCUGCCGAGGCUCUGUGAGCCUGCUGCUUUCAUGGCUGCACAGAAAAGGAAAUUCUUUCUUUCUCUUUAGCUUGAAAUUUAGAAGUCUGUGGUCCCCUCGGUUACAUUAUUAUUUUUUUUUUUUAAAGUUUACCAUGUUUAGUAAAUAGUGACUGUCACUGUGCUUUUUUUUCAGUUUGCUGACAUUUUAGUAGUUUAGGUACUUAAACCCCAUUCUCCAGGGGUUUACAAUGAAGAAAGCCUGUUGCUUCAGUUGCUCAACAGUCCUUCCAAGUCUCUGAAAUAGAAGGGAAACCUUAGACUACAAAAUCUGAAGUCUAAGUAUCUGUAGAGAAACGCCACAAAAUGAGUAAUGCCUUUGUAACCCCAACUUUCAUGAUAAUGUGGUAUGUGUCUGUCCAUAGUACUAAAAAGUACAUUUUUACAAUAGGUACAGUGCUACAGUAGAGAUACUUUGUAAACUGUUUUAUGUCCUGUGAGUUGUGUAUCAGUGUUUACAGUGUCACUUUGUCUAGCUUAGCAAAACCAGAAGGUAGACCUUCAUAAGAACAAUGUCAUACUUGAUGGGCAUGUAGCAGCGUGACCCCUGUUUAGAUGGUAUGGUUGUCCGUGAUACACUUUUAGGAUCCUUAGUAUUUCUUCCAGUAUUCAUAUCUAAAGAAAACACAGAAAUAACCAUAAAGGUUACUUUUUUUUUUUUUUUUUUUGGUUAAAACAACAAGAAGAAUUUGAAGACUAUCCAAAGUAUUGAGCAGAAUUCCUGGAGACGUAAACUGUGUUAGGCCUGAAUUGCCAUGAGGACAUUUCCUAUCUUCUGGAACACAGCUGUUGAGCUGGGUAAUGGAUUAUAAUCAAAAUGGAGAAGCGAAAGCGUAUUGACUUUUUAAGGCUGACGUCGCUGGCAUCCUUGAGUUGUUAGCUUUCACCGGACCUCUUCAGCCAGCAUGUGUCAGUGCUGAUGUACACUGUCACUACUGUGCGGUUGCUGUCUGCACCAAGUCUAUUGCACAGUGACCUUCCAGAUUUAAGUAGAUUUCAGGCCUGGGUGGCCAAAACACAGUCUUCUUCUUCUUCUUCUUCUUCUUUUUAACUCAGAAGAAGUAUUGUCUGAUUCAGUGGAAUUGUACCAUGUGAGUGUGAUUGUAAAUGUGUGUGUGUGUGCGUGUGUGUGUUCUAUCUUGUAACUAUUACAGCAAUGUCAUAACACGAGAAAACCGACCAAGUGUGAACUGUACCACUUGCUACACUCUUGCACACGAAUCCAGUUCCUAAAACCAAGCUCUUCAUGAAACCGUGGCUGUACAAAUCCUAACUAAAGCCUUCCAGGAAAAUCUUCCCACCUAAGUGACUGGGUUUAGUGUUCUAAUGACCUGUAGGCGUUCCGUAAGGCCAGCCUUCUGCAAAGAGCAGUCUGUAAGAGGGGCAAAAACGUAGAGGAUUCUUGCAGGGACGUGCGAGUGUGGGGGAUGGUGAGCACCUAGUAAGGGCCAAGUUCAUGGAAGUGAAAAUCAACAAGAGGAAGGUGGUUCUAAGACUUUACAAAACUCCUAAGAGGAACAAGCAUCAGUGGAGCAUGCGGGCAGUGAGAUCCCAGGCUAAGCAGAACUGCACACAGCAUGCCGUUGUCCAGGCCAUUUGAUUUCAGAGGGUGAGAAGGUUGGUGGUCUGGCAGAAGGGUAGCAGAAACCUGGCGACAGCCCUGUGCCUGGCUUUGUUUAGGUCAGCCUUUUACAUAAGGAAUAGUCAGUGCCUCCACUUGCCGAAAAGCAUAGAGAUGAGGGUGGCUAGCUUCUGGUUGGCUCCUCUGCCGGGGUGCUCAGAAUUGGGCCCUUUUCCAGUAAGGAGAGUUAUUGCUUUGAAAAAGCCACUUGGUCCUGAUAAGUUCUACUUAGAGUCUCUCCUCCUUGUACAGAUUCUCACCAGUCCUGAAGAUGGUAUAGCAUGAAGCAGAGAGCUAGCAUCUUCCUGUGAUUUCUAGUGUUUGGGGUUCCCAGCCUCAAGGGGCAGUACCCCUUCUUGUAAUCGAUAGUAACACAGAUGUGACCUGAGGACCAGGCUGGGAUGUAUUUGCCUGCUGAGCCUCUUGAUUUCCUUCUGUGCGCACAGAUGAGGAUUCAGGAGGAUUAGUAACUCCAUAGAGAAGAGUAUUGACAGACUUAUCACCAGGGGCUAGGAAUUGCCAGCCUUGUCCUACAUCAACCUGAAUAUCAAUCUUCAUGUCUCUAGCUACCAGGCAUUACCGCCUCUUCUCAUAGAUACAAAGACCUGGUAGAAAUUUUGAGUAUAGGUAUUAAAAAAAAUUCCAAGAUUCACUUUUAAAACUGUGUUCGUGCAAAUGCCAUUUUUAGUGGUAGAUUUUAUAGUGUAUUGAACUUUUAAGACCUAACUCAUAUAUAAUAAGCUAAGGGACAAUGGGGCUGAUAGCACUAAACUUGGUGCUUAUUGAUACUCUAAGAAAUAUCUGUGAACUAUCAUCAUGUGCGCAUUAAACCACCUUCAUUUAAAAAAAAUACUUCAAAUUAGUUGGAUACACUUUGGUGUUUCCUCUAUCAUUUCCUAACUCUAGCGACCAAAACAUUCUCCCUAGUGGAUACAGUCAUUAGAAUAACAUUCAUUAGAAUCAUUCAUUUACCAGCCCCUUAAUUAGAUUCAUUAAUUUCAAUUGAAUCGCUUCUAUGCUCUGGCAUCAGGGUUAUCUGCUUUCCUCUGACAUUCAUCCUGAUCCUGCGUUCUGCCUUUCCUCUCACUUUCAAAGGGGGUAGUCUCCCUAACUGAUGGACUUCUUCAGAAUAAAGACCGAGUCCUGAACUAAUAGCAUCAUUUAAACAAGAAAAGCUAUCGCCAAGGACCCCUGUUUUCCACUAUGUAUUAAAUCUGUGUAAAAGAAGCAUGAAUCUGGGCAGCUUGGACAUUUGCCUGUGACAGGUGACUCCCAAGCUCCCUGAUACUGACUGUCAGGCUUAGCUGGUAUCAAAUGCCAGAAAAACUUUUGUUGCCUAAUCCCACUCUGCAGGAAAUAGGCUUAACUACCAGAUGAGAACUAGGUCUCUGGUUACUGUUCCGUUCAUUAAUUUCCGCCAUCCCAUAUCCAUAACCAAGAUCACUAACGUCAUGCGAAAAAAAAUUAGAUUUCUCAUCCUCUUAACUGUAUAUUUGUAUGAUAUUUUAAGAUCUCCUAAGUGGCCAUUCACAGUUGCUUGGCGCUGGCCUUCUGAUAAAACGUUAAUGCACCUAUUGUAAUAUACAAAAAAAAUUCUAUCUACUGAUUUGGACUGAAUGUAUGUACAUAGGUUUUACAAAGCAGUCAGGUGUUGAAGCCGUGGUUUUCAGAUGACAGAGUUUCUUUCCAUUGCUGUGGUAUCUUAAAAAAAGCUUUCUUUGUGGAAACUUACUAAACUCUAGGUCCUGGGGAUCAGCGUCCCCAAGGGAGAAAAUCUUUUCUUGUAAAAAUAGGAACCGAGAUACAGAUUAUCUUGAUUCUCAUUUCCAGUGUUUCAAGUGGAAAACGUAUCUCCCUAUUGUCUCUGUAAAUGGUACAUCCUUUGCCUCUUAAAGUGCAUUGUACUGUUAGAUGUUUGUUAAGCUGGUAGCAUCCUUGAAACUGCUGUGAUGUCUUUGUCAGUAAUCUGUAUAAUAUUUUGUAUACAAGUACUGGUAAGAUUGUUAUUAAAUGUAGCUUCAGUCAUUAAAUUACUAUAGCAAAGUAGUACUUCUGUAAUAUCUACAAUGUAUUAAGCCUACAGUAUAUUUUAUUUCAUUGAUGUAAUUUAAUUGUUAUUUAUUCAAGAGAAAACAGUUCAUCAUGUCUAUUGUCUAAAAUUACCUGGAAUCAAAU